GGGUGUUGGUUGGCGGGAAGGAGGAUGAACUUGGAAUGUCACGAAGUUGUUUUCUCUAUUUGUAUUAGGGAAGUUAUUUUUCAUAUUUUUUUUAUAUAAUCGUGGUGUUAAAGCUAGCUUGCGCACAACUCGACUAACUUUACGGGAUAUUUGCCACCCCCACCAGCAACAGGUAUUAGGACUUAUCAAGGCUAGAACAGAUGAGAAGAAAUCACUUAGUGUUUUGUCUCUCUUGGGAUUUAAACCUGAGAUUCUCUACCCACUUCCUUGAUCAGUAGGCCACACCCUUGGAUGAGUCAUUUUUUCCACAUAUUGAAGGAACUUAUUUUCUUAAAAAAAUAUUUUUUAAAAUAUUUUGAUCAACCAAACGGGGGAAAAUUGGAAAACUUUUUCUACCAAACACACCCUUAUUUGUGCACAAUUUAUGGAGAAUUUUAAAAAUGCAGAACAUACAUGAAAUUAGUAAUAUAAUAAUCAAAUUACUAAUGUAAAAACUAAUUUCAGCAUCCAAUAUAUAACAAUGUCUAUAUUAGUCCACUCUUAAAUCAUUGAGAUUCAAAGAAUUACUGCUGUUCUUUUGGAUCAAUUUGCGCAUCAGUGUUUGAAGCUAUGGCUUUUAAUAACACUGGGGCAAUGAAGUGGGUGAAGAAACAUGACGAUUUAGUUUAAUUCCAAGCGGAGGAUAUAAAAUUUCUGCUAGUUGUCCAUUCUUAACUACCGUGCAAAUGGUGGAAGCUAUUGUUCAAUGGGUCAAAGCACAAAUAAUAAUAAUAGUGAAUCAAAGAUUUCACCAGCAGUUUCAUCCACCAGUUUCCAUGGAAUCAAGCCUGUAGACUUUUCUUUCUCCAAUAGCAAUAUUGUGUAGCGGUCUUUUUCCCUCCUUGUCCCUGUUUCCUGUUGUUAUUACAAUUCUCAAAAUGCUAGUGGAUCCCGACGAGCAUCCAUCAUUUUACAAGCUUUUGUUUAAAGAAGGUUUUGCGGAUAAAAUACUAAUGCCGCCGGCCUUCAUCAAAGAAAACAAGAAUAUGUUGUCAAAGACCUGCUUAUUGAAAACGGAUGAAGGGGUAGUCUGGGAAGCAAAGAUAGUGAGGGAGAAGUCCGAUUUCUUCAUAUGUAAAGGAGACUGGCCAAAGUUUGUGGAGUAUCACAAACUGAAACUGGGGAACAUCUUGUUCUUCUUUCUCAUUGAUAAAUCAACGUUCCAAGUUUUGCCCUAUAAACAGAUGCGCUCUAGGAACCUUCUUGGGAGGCAAGUAUUUGAGGAACUCAGCAGUUGCUCGAAAGAGGAAGAGGAAGAGGAAGAGGGAGAGGAAGAGAGAGAGGAAGAGGGAGAGGAAACCCCAAGAAAAUCAAAGAAACGUAAAAGGCACGCAAUACAAUUAUCAUAUAAUUCUGUGGAAGAAAGCGAUGACUCAUCCAGUGGGUCCAAGGAUGGGGAAAGUCCACGGUACUCACAUUCAGUUAUGCCUCCUAAAAAGAUUCAACCGUCCAGAACGGAAAAGCAACCAAGCAGAGGAAAAGGCCAAACAGGGCCAUCUCAGGCUGCACCUCCAGCAAAGCGGAAGACUGCGGCAACUAUGAUAUCUUUUACUGAUGGUUCUUCUUCCCAGUCUGAAGAGGAGGGGACUGACACAUCUCAGGCUGCAGUAUAUGCAAAGAUAAGAAGGAAGAAGGCAGAUGAUGAAGCGAGGUUCAGUUUGCCGGGCUCUAAAGAUAAACUCAUAGCUGGCAAGAUCAAGUGGAGCUUAAAUGAAGAAAAGAAGUUGAGUCUCAACGGCCUAAAGGACAAUUUCCCCGUCUUAUUGGAGAACAUCAAAAAGAGGGGUUGGAUGUGCUUCACUGAGUCACCGGGGUACUACUGUGAGGUCUUGGUGCGGGAAUUUUAUGCGGCCUAUGCUGCCAAAUCGGGUAAGAAGAGGGAGUAUCUCCAGAGUGUGCUAGUCCGAGGCGCCAAGGUUGAUUGUAGUAGCUCCAAGAUCAAUUCUGUCUACUUUAAAGAAUGGCCCGACAAAACAAAUGAAUAUGAUGAAAGGCUCCGAAACAAAGAGAAUGAGCGUGAAUGGGUGGCUUCGGCGAUAGCUCAACGCACACUGACACCACCAUGGAUAAAUCCUAAGCACAAAAUUAUCAAGAAGGACCUGAAUGUUGAAGCCAAAUAUUGGCUCAACUUUGUGAGUUGUCGGCUGCAACCUUCAAAGAACGAAACAGAUAUUCAGAUUGAGAAGGCCAUUCUCAUUGCCUCGAUCAUGUCAGGAUACCCCGUUAAUAUGGGAUUGAUUAUAUUUCGAGAAAUUGGAGGCCGAGCAAGAAGAGAACGUACCUCUUUUCCAUUUCCUUGCCUCAUUACUGCACUUUGCAAAGAAGCUGGGGUUCCCGCAAUCCCGAGACGAGAUCGCAUGGUUGAGGCAUCUGUGGAUAUUGACAUUACCAGGGUCAAGGACCAAAAUGAUAAAGAGAAGACUCGAUCAUCAACAAGUGUGAAGGUCGAGCUUAUAGAGAUAUAGGGAAUGGCACUUGAGCAGCGAAAGGCUAGUGCAGCUUCUAAAGAAGAGGAAUCUGACAAAUCCAGGUCCGUGGUUGUUGAGGAAGUCAGGAAGAUGAGGGUGGCAACUAAACAAGUUUUCAGUGGAUGAGGAAGCUUUUGUAAUAUAUACUAUGUACGACUUUUCUUUUUCCCGUUAUAUACUUUGUUUCGAUUUUUGGGGGUUACACAGGGAAGGAAUGAGAUGAAUCGAGAGCAGAAAGCAUAAUAGUCUAUUUUUGGGGUGCGACCCUUCCCUUGACCCUGCGUGAAUACGGGAUGCUUCGUGUAGUGGAUUGCCUUUUUAUUUACUUUCUUGGCUAGUUUGUAAAAUUUCAUCUAAUUCAUCUUUUUCUAGUUGUCUAUUUUGUUUGGUAAAGUAUUGGUGUUGAUCCCCUAUCUACUGGAGUUGCAUAGCUUUUUCAGCCUACUUUU